AGUUAAGUAUUUGAUAUUUUUGGAUUUUGGGAACGAAAGGAUGAUGAUGGCUACUCUUAAAUUGGGGUCACUUCCACCAGCGGCAUUAGGAGGAGUUGCAAAAACAAAGAAAAUUGAAAGAUCUAGUGGUGGAGUGAAGGUGGUUGGUGAUGGUGGUGGUGAUAAUGGGUUCCCUUCGUUUCUUCCCAAAGAGGUUGAAAAAAUCAAAGACCCUUUUGCUAGAAAUUUGGCUAGGAGGAUUAAGAGGCUCCCUGUACAGAUUGGAUGUUCUGAAAGUUUUAUAAUGAGUAGCUGUGUACAACCACUAGUACAGACUGAUCCCAAUCCAGUUGUUCUUCUCCAUUGCUUUGACAGUUCUUGUUUAGAAUGGAGGCGUGCUUACCCGUUGCUCGAAGAAUCUGGCUUGGAGGCAUGGGCUCUAGACGUUCUUGGGUGGGGCUUCUCUGAUUUAGGAAGACUUCCGCCAUGUAAUGUAGCAUCUAAACGUUACCACCUCUAUCAGCUGUGGAAGUCCCACAUCAAAAGGCCAGUGGUCUUAGUCGGACCAAGUCUUGGUGCUGCUAUUGCAAUUGACUUUGCAGUAAAUUAUCCAGAAGCUGUCAAAAAGUUGGUUUUGAUCAAUCCUAGUGUAUAUGCAGAAGGCACAGGAAACCUUGCAAAGUUACCAAAAUUAGUAGCUUAUGCUGGGGUUUCUCUACUAAAAGCAUUCCCUUUACGCUUUUAUGCAAAUCUAUUGGCUUUUGAUGGCAUACCAUUAUCCAAGAGCUUAGACUGGACAAAUGUUGGCCGCUUACAUUGCCACAUGCCUUGGUGGAAAGACGCGACUGUUAAUUUUAUGGUUAGUGGAGGCUACAAUGUAGUGUCCCAAAUAAAGCAGGUGAAGCAGAAAACACUGAUUAUCUGUGGCGAGAAUGAUAAGAUUGUGAGCAACCAACUGGCAAUGAGACUGCUUUUUGAGCUUCCAAAGGCAAGUAUGCAACGAGUACCAGAUAGUGGUCACCUUCCUCAUGUUGAGAAGCCUCGCCAUGUUGCAAAGUUGAUUGCAGAUUUUGCUCAAGACGGUAACUGCUGAGAGUGAGAACCAUUGCCCGGAUUUGCAAGAGGGAGAUGCUUUUCAAUAACCUUUAGGGUGCUGCUGGUUUUUCAGUUCAUCAAGUAGU